CCAUGCCCAAGAUUCGGACGACCAGAACGAAACAGCCCCCGGAAGGCUAUGAGGACAUCGAGUCUGUUCUCGAUGACUACGCCAAAAAGAUGAGGGAUGCGGAGAAUGAGUCGCACGAAGGCAAACGUAAGGCGGAGUCGCUGUGGCCCAUAAUGCGCAUCUCGCAUACACGCUCGCGCUAUAUCUACGAGCUGUACUACAAGCGAGAGGCCAUUUCAAGAGAGCUCUACGACUGGCUGCUGAAGGAGGGUUAUGCGGACGCCAAUCUCAUUGCCAAAUGGAAGAAGACAGGUUAUGAGAAAUUGUGCUGUCUUCGCUGCAUUCAAACCAAGGACAUGAACUACCAAGGGUCAACCUGUAUUUGCCGCGUGCCAAAGGCUCAAGUGCGCUCCGGGACCAUAGUGCAAUGCGUUCAUUGUGGCUGCCGUGGAUGUAGUUCCGACUCGUAGAGACCGGCGCCUCAUCCUUCGCUCCUGUGUCAUCAACAGUCAGGCUUUCGCCUUGCCACCCGAGUUUGGACGUCCCCCAAAUAGGCUCGUCAUACGCGUUUCUCGGGACGCGAUGCUGACUUCUUGCUGAUUGUAACAGUAUUCCACUUGUGUUGUCCAGGCGCUCUGCUCGAAGCGUCCAGGAGGUCGAUGUACAUUUCGUAGACUAGAUAAAUGGUGAUGACGAUAUAAUGCAAUGUUCCG